AGUAAAGAAAUUCAUAUCAUUGUAAAUGUGGCAAAUGGUUCAUCAUUAGUAAUGAAGCAGCAUUAUGGUAAUAUUUCUUCCAUUUGGGAUCUCCUUUUGAUUACUGAACGCUUUUUGAUAUUUUACAUGAAAAGAGUUACAAUAAGGCUCAGACUGUAUGGAGAAUGAUGCUGUAGUUUCUGGUAUUUGCAAGCAACGUGUGAAACCAAACUUAAACCUUCUACCACCAUAACUUUUCAGAUGAAUCUUAAAGGGAACAUUUUUCUGAUUUUCCUUAAACUUGUUCUACUCAGGUAAAAAUGGUUGGUUAUUAAGUUUGGUUAAAGGUGCUGCUCUAUUAUAACAAGUAUGCCAAAAGAAUGGACAGCUGGUAGACAAGUUUUCCAUGCUAACUUCUUGAAUAAGAUCCUAGAUAAUGAGGUUCUGGUUUUGUUAUUAAUAUGAAGAGGAAGAUCAGAUAAUAACAGCUCUCAGUUUGAUAAAGAUACAAAAUCUUAAAUUGCAUUGUCUCGUUUUUUCGGUUUCUAGGCAGGAAAAUGGAAGUCUGACUUUUGCCAAAAAGGAAGCAAUCAUAAAGUGACUAACACAUUUCUGGUUGCUAUACCACUGAUAAGAGGAUAAUCACAAUCACUAAAAAAACUAGAUCUGACAGGCAUGCUCUUUGGAAUGCAGAAGAUUCUGGCAUGGCCCAUCCUUAACUAGCUGUGGUUCUGGAUAUUAAUUUCUAAAGAGCAUCCUCCAUAUAGAGAAUGAUUUUUGCCACAUUACAUCAGACAGGCAGCAACACAUUAAACUAGGUAGUGAAAUUUGAGAUCUGGUUGAGGCACAAUUAAAACAUUGACAAGUUUCACAAGUGGGAUGGUGGAGUUAGCUAUUGUUUAGUGAUUCUAAUGUACUUUUCAACAACAGCAAAAAGAGUUAUUUUACAUGGUCUUCCUGCUGAGGUCUCAGUGUGGUGAAUGUUUCUAGCUCUAUAUUUCUCAUACAUUUGUCAAUCUAAUAUAUUUCAGGAAUUUUAAUGCUAUUCCCAUCAAUUUAAAGGGAGUUGAACCUCCAAAUCUGUCUAACAAUGUUUAUUUUUAUUUCUCCAAUACGUUUUUCUGAUAUUCCACCUUUAAAAGUCACCUUCUUUACAUUUGUAACAUUACUGAGAAACAUUCUGCGUGUGGGCAGAGAAGUUAAAUGAGCACUUGAUUAGUAUUAUUUCAAUUUCCCCUCUUUAUAGCAUGCCGAAGGAAAACAAAAAUUGUCUUCCUUUAAAAAACGUGGGGUUUAUUUACUUUUUUACCAUAAAUGUGCAAUAGUUUUAAGAGAUAAAGAUUAACAUGUAACUAGCAACGAAACAUUAUAGUUUCUCACUUCCUUUUUUGCAAUCUGUGCUAAGAGGCGUCUGCGACAAAUUCUAGCGACCAGGGGAUCACUAUUUGUCAUCCUCGUUCACUCAUCCAAAGAAAAACAACAAACAAAAACUUCCAAAAAGAGCUGGCGGUGGUCGAUGGGGCAAGUUAGCAAGCAUGCUAUUAAAAGUUACUGUAAUUACUCUGGUUGGCAGCGUAAUCCAGUCACUAGUUGCAGGACUGCAGCUGGAUUUCCGUUACAGUGAAAAACCGUGUAACUAUGGCAACUGCUAUCCAGCGAACUCUCUAAAAUAUGAUCGUGGCUGUGAACCCACGGUAUAAUCACGAACUUGUCCGUGGAAGACUAAACAAAAUGUUUACAUAAAUUAAUCAAGCUCCAGCAUCAAAGGCAGAGCUAUGGUUGUUGCUGUUUAGCAAGACAAAUAUAAACGAAGUUGUUUUUGAUGAAGGUUGCGCAUAUUUCUUGUGCAUUUAUUUGCAUAGUAUCACAUUGUUUCAUGUGUCGUUAUCAAAUGACACGUGUUGUUUUAAAUUAUUAAAAAAAACAUGCAAGCCUUUUUUCACUGCAUCUUUUGUAGGUAGAAUUUAGUUGUAAAAUUUGUCUUCGAGUACACAACCGGACUUGCAAAUUUCUUUUCCUGACUAUAAUCGUUUAUAAAGCCAGGAGGGACUAAAAACUAAGGGAUGUCAUUACUACAGUUUUAUGUGCGCAAGAAUUGUCUCCCUUUUUAGAAUGUGGCGCGGCGGGGUGACUAAUUUGUCAUUAGCGAAAAAUCACAGUACCUCAUAAAUCCAUAAUUGAAUUUAAAAAAGAAAAAUCCAUUUCAAAAGGACGGAUAAUUUGAUCGGAGCCAACAGCUAUGGACAGCUAUCACUGAGGCCAUAAGGAAGACCAGUUGGUUCCCAGAGAAGCAGUGCUUGUUAAAAAAUAUACCCCAUGUUUUAUCACAGGUGGUGGCGGUCAUUCUCUGCUUCAGACAAGUGAGAAGUAUAUCUUAGUUUGUGGAUCUAACUCGCACGGCCAGCUAGGCAGUGCUUCAAGUCAAAAUGAAGUCAUUUUUGUGGAGAUUCCAUUUCCUUUUCAUAUGAAGAUUGUCCAAGUGGCAGGUGGAUGGGACUUUUCUCUGGCUGUCACAGUGGAAGGGGAACUGUUUUCAUGGGGAAACAACAUCUUCUGUCAGCUUGGAAGGAAUUCAAGUCAUAAGGGGUCUACUUGUCCAGCAAGAGUUGAGUUUCCAGAUAAAGUGAAAGUUGCUGGCGUGGCAGCAGGCUUGAGACAUGGCCUUGCUAAAACAGAUGAUGGUGCAGUUUAUGGCUGGGGAGAUAACAAACGUCAGCAGGUUGUGAACUUUGACGACAAAGUGGUAUGCAGCAAAGUGCAGAGCCCUAUGAGAUUGACUCUACCUUUACAAAGCAAGGUAGUCCAGGUGGCGGCAGGUGCAUAUCAUUCUGGGGCUCUUACAGAAACUAGGGAAGUCCAUCUUUGGGGUUGCAAAAGAUUUGGACAAAUUUCCGCAAAGGCUGAGGGUAGCUCAAGUCCUGCUUAACUUCCUCUGAUUUUGGAGGUGAAACUGUCAAGCAUCUUGCAGUUGGCUGGACACACAAUAUAGUCUUGACAGAGUCAGGAAAUGUCUACAGCUGGGGAAGAGCAGAUUAUGGGCAGUUAGGAAGACCAUGUGAUCAGCCAUAUGACCCAACUCCAAAACUUAUACAAUGUCUACAGCAUGUGCAGGCUGUUGUGUGUGGGUCAGAACACACACUUGCCAUUUCAGGAGAUGGUCGACUGUAUAGCUGGGGCUGGAAUGAACAUGGAAUGUGUGGAACAGGGGACACAAACAAUGUUUUCAUACCUACUGUUGUGGAACUUCAAGCUGAGAGUAUCAUGUUGAUAGGUUGUGGUGCUGGAC